AUGUACUUAGCGAAUUGGACGCCUGUGCUUACCCUCUGGGCAACUUUCGCUUCUGCAGCACCAAAGUGCAAUCCUUCCCAGUACAUGACCGUCAACACAUCCAAUGGACCUAUUACAGGACACACGACAGACAACUCAUCGUGUGUCGUUGAGUAUCUAGGCAUACCCUAUGCCAAGCCUCCUAUCAAUGACUUGAGGUUCGCGCCUCCACAGCGCAUCAAAUCAUAUUCUAAGACUCCCUUUGAGGCGAUAAAGUUUGGCUAUGACUGCCCUCUCUCGCCUAGCAAGAAGGUCGAUUAUCCUGACACGACACCCCAGGCCCAGCGCAUCAUUGCUUACUUUGCCAGCGCCUCUGGGACUCUGCAGAGUGAAGAUUGCCUUACCCUUAACAUUUGGUCAAAGGUCACACCCAGUUCUGCAAAGGCUAACAAACCUGUGUUGGUGUUUUUCUAUGGUGGUCGAUUUGCCAUUGGAAAUACCAACAGUCCUUUUUAUAACGGCAAGUACUUUGCUGAUGCCGAGGAUAUUAUUGUUGUUACCGUCAACUACCGCAUCAACAUCUUUGGAUUCCCUGGUUUAGCGGGCGGUGAUCAGAACCUAGGUCUGCGUGACCAGCGUGCUGCUGUUGAGUGGAUUCGCGAUAACAUUUGGAACUUCGGCGGAAAUCCUUCAAAAAUCACUAUCGCCGGUCAGUCAUCCGGGGGCGUGGCUGUUAACUACUGGACCUAUGCCUACACGAAGGAUCCAAUUGUCAACGGCAUAAUUGCUCCAUCUGGAAAUGCGUUUAGUUUUCCCGUCAAUUAUGCUGCCGUCCAGGAGAAGAAUUGGGAGACGGUUGUAUCUGGAGUUGGCUGUGACGGUAGCAGCGACGCGAUGGCUUGUAUGCGCAAGGUCCACUGGGAGGAUAUCAAGAAAGCGGCUGCUGCUAUAAAACCUGCCUCCAGCUCGAGUGUUCUUCGAUCUAUCCCUCCAUUCUAUCCUAAACCCGAUGGAGAGAUUGUCUUUUCGGACUAUGUCAGCCUAACCGAGGCUGGAAGUUUUGCAAAGAUUCCUAUCCUUUUUGGCCAUAACAACAAUGAAGAUGGUUACUAUCGCAUUCCUGCGUAUGGAAAUGGAGUUACACCUACCGACACCCAGGUCAAAUCCUUCCUUCUCGAAUCCUUCACUUGCCCUGUUUCUUACCAGGCCAAAGCACGAAAGGCCCACCAUGUACCUUCAUGGGCAUACCGCUACAUGGCAGACUGGAACAACACAAGGCUAUUCCCUUCGAGCGGCGCUUACCACGGUGUGGAUCUGCAUAUGAUCUUUGGCGCAUCUCUCGAUGUCAGCGGGAUUGCGCCGUCGGAAGACCAAGAAGAGCUAACCAAGAUAAUGCAGCACGCAUGGUUUUCUUUCAGCGAUGACCCUUGGUCUGGUCUUGCGAAACUCGGGUGGCCUGAGUUCGACCAGGAUCGUGCGACAUUAAUUGAACUGGGCAAGGAUUCCCAGACUAGGGUUGACUUUGUAAAACCCUCAGUAUAUGAUGCGCCGUGCUCGACAGUUAAGAUGGGAGCGCUUUCGACUUCUGUGUAG